GCCUGUCAGGCGCCGCUCCCCGCCGAUGGCGACCCGGUAGCGGAAGUGUUCGCGGAGCGGCUUCCGGGCGCUGUGGGGGCGGCGGGCCAGGGCCGAGCUCCGUCCCGUCCGGCGGGCCCGCCCUGUGAGGAGACCCCGAGGCCCCUCAGGUUUCACUUCACGUCAGAAGACAUGGACAGCAGCAGUUUCAUCCAGUUUGAUGUUCCUGAGUACAGCAGCACCGUACUGAGCCAGCUGAAUGAGCUUCGCCUGCAGGGAAAGCUUUGUGAUAUCAUUGUACACAUCCAGGGUCAGCCGUUCAGAGCUCACAAAGCCGUUCUAGCUGCCAGUUCUCCAUAUUUCCGUGACCAUUCAGCAUUAAGCACCAUGAGUGGCCUGUCAAUAUCAGUCAUCAAAAACCCCAAUGUCUUUGAGCAGCUGCUCUCUUUUUGUUACACUGGAAGGAUGUCCUUGCAGCUGAAGGAUGUUGUCAGUUUUUUAACAGCUGCUAGUUUUCUACAGAUGCAAUGUGUCAUUGAUAAGUGCACCCAGAUACUGGAAAGCAUUCAUUCAAAGAUCAGCGUCGGCGACGUCGAUUCUGUCACCGUGGGGGCCGAGGACCCUCUGGAAAAUCACAAUGGGGUGAAAGACAGUAGUUACUUUGCCAAUCCAGUUGAAAUCUCUCCUACCUAUUGCCCACGGGUGCGGCAGUCUGCUUCUGGGUGCGACCUGCAAAUGGAAACAACCCCGACGAAGGGCCUACGUAGCCGCCUCCAAGAAGAAGGGCAUUCGGACCGCGGAAGUAGCGGGAGCGUCUCUGAAUACGAGAUUCAGAUAGAAGGCGAUCACGACCAAGCUGACUUGGUCAUCCGAGAGAGCCAGGCUGCUGAGGUCAAAGUCAAAAUGGAAAAAAACGACCGGCCAAGUUGUUCCGAUAGCUCUUCGCUUGGCGAUGAUGGGUACCAUACGGAAAUGGUCGACGGGGAACAAGUGGUGGCAGUCAACGUUGGAUCCUACGGCCCCGUUUUGCAGAAUGCCUACUCGUACUCCCAUGGGACAUCACAAUCUGCUGGAAUAUCUGAAUCUUUUGGGAGCCUGAGGAACUCGAGCUCGUCCCGGUCCAUGCUGGGGUCUUUCAGAGGCCGAGGGCGUCAGAAGCGGCUCUCUGCGAGCCACUUGCAUAGCGACGUCCCAACCCUGGCGCAAGGAGGAGACGGCGAAUCGGCAGGAAGCCAACCAAACUACGACGACAGUCCGAGGGAAAGGAAUGUCCGAGCUCACUGGUACGCCUACAGCGAAAGGCUCAUCUGUAUAUACUGCGGGAAGUCUUUCAACCAGAAAGGGAGUCUUGACCGGCACAUGAGGCUACAUAUGGGGAUAACUCCCUUUGUGUGCAAGUAUUGUGGGAAAAAGUACACACGCAAGGACCAGCUGGAAUACCAUAUCCGCGGACACACUGACGACAAGCCUUUCCGCUGCGAGGUUUGUGGGAAAUGCUUUCCUUUCCAGGGAACCCUGAACCAGCACCUGCGGAAGAACCAUCCCGGCGUGGCCGAAAUAAGGAGCCGAAUGGAGUCUCCGGAAAGAACAGAGGCCUACGGCGAACCGAGAGAGGACGACGCCUCGGCCUCAGAAACCUUGGAUUACAGCAUGGACAUGCACACGUCAGAUUAAGAACAUCUGUGCGCCUUGGCACAACCCGAGCAAAAGCACAUCGAUCAACGCAUUUCCUUCUUAAUGCUUUUGAUCAUUUUGACAACAGAUAACAACAGCAUUGGGAUUUUCCUUCCCUUUUGUUUUGUUUUUGAGCAAGUCUUGUGGAUGUUGUUUCUGAGUAGAAAGCUACUGUUUUGUUUUGAAGGAAGUAGGGGUAGCUUUAUUCCCUAAAGAUUUUAUAUAUACAUACAUACAUAUAUAUAUAUAUAUAAUAAAGGGAGAAAAUAUUAUAGAAAUGAUGCACUUGCAGUGGGUGGGGCUAUGGCAAUGACAGAUAAAUAAGGCAAGUAUUAGAGGCCGACGCAGCGAGAGCGUGUGUUGUGCUUUGCACACCCAAUCCUGUUGCAUGUCUACUUGGAAGGAAGUCCCACUGAAUUCAGUUGGACUUAACUCCUGGUCCGUCUGCUAGGAUUGCAGCCUUAACCAAACAAAUGUAUAGGAAUGCGUCCCAGAGAUCCCAUCCAUGUGUCAUACUACGUUCGGGGCUUGGACGGGGUUUUAUUUGUUUUUUGGAGUAACUAUUUUGAUAGCUUUGAAUUUUAUAUAAUAUAUAUAUUAUUAUUAUAUAUAAACAUAUAUAAAAUGUUCACUUUUUUCUCUUCUGGUUGAGGGUGAAUGUAGACAUACCUUUACAUGGGAACUGAGAAAAAGAAAUCUCUCUACAAGACUUUCAACUGUUAAUAUAUUUUUUUUCUUUUUCUUCAUGGAGGGAAUGUUUUCACGAAGCUUUCCCUGCCAUGUUCAACUCUUGUGUCCAAAAGCGAACGAAUCUUAUUCCAAAAUAAGGUUUGCUCCAUAGCAUACAUAAACCAAAUGCCAUAAAUGUAUUAACUUACGAUGGGGAUUGUUUGGGGGCUUUUUAAAAAAUCUUGUCUAGAAUACAAACUGGACAACCUGUGGUGCUGAAUCCCCUCUUUUGUACAAAAAGUGUUGUUAUAUUAGCCAACCCAAAAGUAGCAUUGUGGUUUUAGCUGUUUUGUACUCCUCAGAAUCUACCUUCAUAUCGUACUGUAGAAGCAUACCAGGUGAAUCAAUCUUGAUUUAACAGUCAGCUAAAAGGGAUGUUGUAGGGAAAUCUACAGUAUUUCAAAUCAGUAUUCUAGCAGGUCUCUUCCGGAGAACUCUUUAUCAGGUGCACCGUGAACUUCCUACUUACCAUUUUCCAGUGAAGCUGAAGCACUUGUAUUUUUACUUUUUUUCUAAUGAUAAUAUGUUGGAAUUAUGAGCAAUAUCUCCCAUUGUAUUAGAUAAGGUUGGAGUUGUUUUUGCCAUAAUGACAGUGGCUGCUCCGUAUUUUUUUCCGCAGGGCCAAUAAGUAUCUUUACACACACACGCUAUAUAUAUAUAUCCUGUUUUAUCUACAUUUGGUAACUUCCUAACAUGGUGCUAUUUUUUCCUUGUAAAGCAGUAUAGCAUAGAAAAUAAGAAAUCUAAGUUGCAGGGAAAGACCCUGCAUAGCUUUCCAGUUUGCUUAAAAACAGACCUCAAAAUUGUGAGCUGGCAAAUGUUACUGUAUGAAAACUCUACAGCAUAUUGUUUUUUUUUUCUGAACUGUAUACUUGUAGGCUUGGCAAAAUGAGAUGCUUUCCUCUUUUUGUAUGGUUUUGAGUAGGGAAGCAAACUUUGAGUGGCACAAGAUUUACGAGGGUUGAAUGAAAAGUAAUGCCUCCACCUUUGGAACUCCUCAACAGAUGGCAAUACUGGUAUGCAGCAGGUACUGGCUUGUUCAGUAGACGGUCCUCUACAGUUCCAUUUGGCGGGAAGCCUUAGCAUUGAACGGUUGUGUUGUUAAAGUGCUUAGUAUGGAACCCUGUGCAGACAGUCGGUCAAUGCGACUUAAGCAACGUGCAGUCACUGAAUUAUUGACAGCAGAUGAAUCACCCCAAAGGAGAUUCAUCAGAGAAUGCAAGCUGUUUAUGGAGAUUGUGUUGAUGUGAGUCCUGUGCAUCGUUGGGCGAGUAAGUUUAAAGAUGUUAAGGUGGGAACAUCUGACUUGCGUGACAAAGAGUUGGACGUCCUGUGACAACAACCACCGAGUUUUACAAGCAAAAGGUUGACACAUUGAUUCAGGACGAUCGUGGUAUCACUCGGAGAGAAAUGUCAAGCAUCAUCAGCAUUUCACAAGAACGUGUGAGUCACAUUAUUGUUUCGCUUGGCUAUCGGAAGAUCUGUGCACGAUGGGUCCUGUGAGACGCCGGUUGCGGAAACAGAGGGUUGACUUCUUCUGUGAUAGCUUCAGAAAACUUGUUCAUCGUUGGUAGAAAUGUAUCCAAUUGUCUGGUGAUUAUGUGGGAAAGUGAAUAGUGGUAGCUAAAGAGCACAUUCAAAGGAUUAUUUCUGUGUUUGAUUUAUUAAAAUAUUCCCAUCCAAACCGAAGUGACAAAGGUGGAGGCAUUACUUUUCAUUCAACUAUUUGCUGCUUGUCUAGGAUUGCCUCUCUGGGUGAAUAAAGAGGUUUACCGCAGUUUAAUGAGGCGGGGCAGAGGGACAAGGCCAUAAGGGUGUGAGAAUGUUUGCUUGACUUCAUUCAAAGAAUAUAGCAUUAUUGCAUCUCCAGUUUUCCCUUUGCAUGAGCUUCUGGCUCAUCGCUUGCACAUCAUAACGCUGCUUCUGCUCAAAGCCAAUUGGACAGAUGUAGGAUUUCUUUAUACAAAAUAGUAGGAAUGAGUGACUCCUAGGAGAUCUGGUGACACCUCUGCCAAAUCAGCAGUUUGAGAACACGUGAAUGUCUUGCUGACUUUCAAGCUUAUUUAUUUUUAUAUUUUAGUACGUCGACAUUUCCGAAUUUGAGCCUCCACUUUCGUUCUUGUAUGAUUCCCUAGGCUUCUCUUAACAACUGUGAAUUUUAACCCGAGAAGAUGCACGUGGCUUUCCUAACCCUUUGUUGACGUUUUCUUUCUGCUGAGGCUUCUUACAUAUUUGAGAUGUAUUUUUUUCUGUGGUUUAAACACUGAAAACACAGCUGUGGUUUUGCUUCGGAUGGGUGGCCUGGUAUAUAGUAACUGGAGCUUGUGAAAAAUCUAUAUAAAGUAUUCUGCAAAGUACUUUAUUUGGAAUAUAACCAACUUAGACACUUACUCCUGAUUUUUCUUCUCCUGGCUUUCAUUGCUUGAGUUAAAUUUUCUGGCUUGAGGUGAUUUAAGGAGCUCAAAGCUUUGUUUGAUAUUUUAAUGACUAGCCACCCUGGAAAAUAGAGUGUUGCCAUUUUUGUCAUU